AUGGUGCUCGGAGAACUUGGGCAACGCAUCACUGCGUCCUUCCGUCGAUUGAACCAAGCGCCGAUUAUCGAUGACGAUCUUCUGGAUGAAGUGCUGAAGGAAAUUGCGGCAGCUUUGCUCCAUGCGGAUGUGAACGUCCGCUAUGUCUCAGAGCUGAGGAGCAAUGUGAAGAAACGAGUGCUUCUUGAAAGUGAUGCCAGUGGCGUCAACAAGCGCAAGUUAAUCCAGAAGGCAGUCGUGGAGGAACUUGUGCGGCUGGUGUCUACGGAUCGCAAGCCCUACAAGCUCGAGAAAGGCAAGUGCAACAUCAUCAUGUUCGUGGGCCUACAGGGAAGUGGUAAAACCACCACGUGCACCAAGUAUGCACACCACUACAAUCGCAAAGGCUGGAAGACAGCUUUAGUAUGUGCUGAUACCUUCCGUGCUGGUGCAUUUGACCAGCUGAAGCAGAAUGCUUCGAAGGUAAGAAUACCUUUUUAUGGCGACUACAAUGAGACGGAUCCAGUGAAGAUCGCUGAAGAAGGUGUAGAGCUUUUCAAGAAAGAAAAGUAUGAUUUGAUCAUCGUGGAUACGUCUGGGCGUCACAAGCAAGAGGCAGCUCUAUUCGAUGAGAUGCAGCAGGUGGCAGAGGUGGUGUCGCCAAACGACACCAUUUUUAUCAUGGAUUCGCACAUCGGUCAGGCCUGUUUUGAUCAGGCAAAGGCCUUCAGAGAGGUGGUGGAUAUUGGUAGUGUGAUCAUCACCAAAUUGGAUGGCCAUGCCAAGGGUGGUGGUGCGCUGUCUGCGGUCUCGGCAACGAACUCGCCCAUCAUUUUCCUGGGCACCGGUGAGCACUUUGAUGAGUUCCAACCCUUCGACGCUCAGAGCUUCGUUUCACGCCUUCUUGGCAUGGGGGACCUCAAGGGGCUCUUCCAGACCAUCACGGAGGCCAUGCCCUUGGACAAGCAGCCUGAGUUGUUGAACAAAAUCUCCAAGGGAAGGUUCUCUCUUCGUGACCUGUAUGAGCAGUUCCAGAACUUGCAAAAGAUGGGACCAAUGAGUCAACUCAUGCAGAUGAUACCUGGCAUGUCCAACUUAAUGCCAGCAGGUGCAGAAAAGGAAGGUGUCAAGCGAAUAAAACGUUUCAUGGUCAUCAUGGACAGCAUGACUGAUGCCGAGCUUGACUGCGAAGCACAGCUGAACGACUCCAGAAAGUUGCGCAUUGCAAAAGGUGCAGGCUCUUCCAUAUUGGAGGUGAACCUGCUCAUUGAUGAGUACAAGAGAAUGGAGAAGAUGGUGGGCAAGAUGGGCAAGAGCGGUCUUUUCGGCAAAGGUGGUGACCUCACACAGCUUCAGAGAAAUCCUGGACAGGUGGGACGACCCGUUGAAAAACAGUCGGAUGGACAUCUCGGGACAUGGAGAUUGGACGUUACAAUGGAGAUCGGGUGA